AUAGAUACAACCAUCCACUCUCAAACCUACAGUCAAUUUAGAGUGUCCAAUAUAUUAAACACACUCCUGGGGAUAUGUUAAUACAUUGAUAAUUAAAUUAGCAAAUUAAUUUGUAAAAAUGACAUUUGACAAACAUUAAUAAAAUAAGUAAAGAGUAAGCACUAAAAUAAACUGAUUACCCUCAAUCAAAAACCUGGCUGCAUUACAGUCCCAAACCUUAAGUAAGCUGAUACAUCUCCUGACAGAUGUCUUCUACUGGUAGGCGUUUACAUUUGGUGGUGUUUUGCAGCGUACAUCAGAUUUCUUGUUCAUCUUGUCCUAUCCUUUUAAAAUGAAACCAUCGGAGUAUAAAUCAAUUCUUCAUUAAUAAAUUAUCCCAUUGUCAAAGCUCUAAAGUUAAGUUUGUGAUUAGAACGUUGUCCUUAUGGCAUGGAAGUAAUAUGUUCGUACAUAUUAUUAGUAACAUAAACCAAUGCGUGAAUGGAUGACUACCUCUGUCAUAUUCAUGUUCUGUACUUCCUCUUUUCAGCCAGUGUGUAUCUGACUUGGCUGUUGUAAAUGUGUGUUUUGUGUGUUUUACUCCAACAGCUGAAGCAUGCUCUUGGCUCAGAUAAAUCGGGACUCGCAGGGAAUGGCAGAGUUUCAUGAUGCAGAUGGGCAGCCGGUCACACUCUGUCUGGCAGAGGCUGUGGCAGUCGGAGAUGGUGAUCAGAUGGAGAACAUGGACACUGUGAGCCUGCAGGCUGUUACUCUUGCAGAUGGAUCCACUGCAUACAUCCAACAUGAGUCCAAAGCUUCUUUUUCUGAUGGGCAGCUCAUGGAUGGCCAGGUGAUCCAACUGGAGGACGGCUCUGCUGCCUAUGUUCGGCAUGUGUCAAUGCCUAAAGCAGGGGGUGACAGUUUACAGCUUGAAGAUGGACAGGCAGUUCAGCUAGAGGAUGGAACAACAGCCUACAUACACACACCCAAAGAAACAUAUGACCAGGGUGGCCUCCAGGAAGUGCAGCUGGAGGAUGGCAGUACAGCCUACAUCCAGCACACGGUGCACAUGCCCCAGCCCAACACCAUCCUGGCCAUCCAGGCUGAUGGAACCAUUGCAGACCUCCAGGCUGAUGCCGCUGCCAUAGACCACGAGACUAUCAGUGUGUUGGAACAGUACACCACCAAGGUAGAGAAUAUCGAAAACCCUCUAGGAUCAUACGGCAGAGUGGAAGCAGACAAUGGCGUUCACAUGAGGAUUGUGUUACAGGGUCAAGACAACAGGCCAGCAAGAGUCUCGAAUGUAGGAGAGAAGUCAUUCCGUUGUGAAUAUGAGGGCUGUGGAAAGCUCUACACAACUGCCCACCAUCUCAAGGUACAUGAACGCUCGCACACUGGAGACAAACCAUAUGUCUGUGACUUCCGUGGCUGUGGAAAGAAAUUUGCAACAGGGUAUGGAUUGAAGAGUCACUCACGCACACACACAGGGGAAAAGCCAUAUAGAUGUCAGGAACUGAACUGCUGCAAGUCCUUCAAAACCUCUGGUGACCUUCAGAAGCACACAAGGACUCAUACAGGAGAGAAGCCUUUUAAAUGUCCUGUAGAUGGCUGUGGCAGGUCGUUCACCACGUCUAAUAUCCGCAAAGUUCAUAUCCGAACACACACUGGGGAGCGGCCAUACUACUGCUCUGAGCCGACCUGUGGGCGGUCCUUUGCUAGUGCAACCAACUACAAGAACCAUAUGAGGAUUCACACCGGAGAGAAACCAUAUGUGUGCACAGUGCCUGGGUGUGAGAAGCGGUUCACAGAAUAUUCCAGCCUUUACAAACACCAUGUUGUUCAUACACCCUGCAAACCUUACAACUGCAACCACUGUGGGAAAACCUACAAACAGAUUUCCACACUUGCCAUGCACAAACGCACAACCCACAACGACACCGAGCCUAUCGAGGAGGAGCAGGAGGCGUACUUUGAACCACCGGCAGAUGCAAUUGAUGAUCCAAAUUGCAACUAUACAACAACAGUGGUUGGGGGAGAGGACUCCGGCUCAGAGCAGGCUCCAGUGGAGAGCACUGACAUGGUUAGUCAGCAACAUGUUGCCUUGGUGAAACAGGAAGAUGGGACACAACAGCAGGUCAGUAUCUCGGAAGCGGACUUGCAAGCCAUGGGUGGCACAAUCACCAUGGUAACCCAAGAAGGCACAACUAUAACCAUUCCUGCCCAUGAGCUGGCAAUGCAAGGGGCUCACUCAGUCACCAUGGUAACAACAGAUGGCUCAGAUGAACAGGUACACAACUGUGUGGCCAUCAUGACACCCGACAUGGCCUCAUUCCAAUCUGUGGAGGAGGCAGGCUACAGUCAAGAUCAUCCUGUCACGUUACUGGCCACCUCCAAUGGCACUCACAUUGCUGUGCAGCUCAGUGAUCAGCCUUCGCUGGAGGAAGCCAUCAGAAUAGCAUCAAGAAUACAACAAGGAGAGUCACCAGGCCUGGAUGAUUAAUGGAAUCAUUUUGAACUGUGAUUAAGGAUCAAAACCAUGUCAAUGGAUUAUAUCAAGAAGAGUCUAAAAUUAAGUCUUCCACCAUGUUUUUUUUUCCACAGAAGAACUUUGCUUUUAUGUGUAAAUAGUAUUUUGAUAACUGGAGUUCCGCUAUGCUAAUUUGUCCCUCAGUCAAUAAAAUGGGAGAGGAGCAAAUGCUUUCUAAUGUUUAUGAUGCACAGUGUACAGUGCAGUGUACAGCUAAUGCUAUUUCUAAUAAAAAAAAUUUAGUGUAA